GCCACCGCCCGCCGGGCCGCGCCUCCCACCCGGCCAGCAGACCACCGCCUCACCCGGGGCCCGCGGCGCCGGCCUCGCGGAGUCCGAGCCUCGCGACGGCAGCGGCAGGAAGGUAGCAGUAGCUGAUGUGCAGUUUGGCCCCAUGAGAUUUCAUCCAGAUCAACUCCAGGUACUUUUAGUGUUUACCAAAGAAGAUAACCAGUGUAAUGGAUUCUGCAGGGCAUGUGAAAAAGCAGGGUUUAAGUGCACAGUUACCAAGGAGGCUCAGGCUGUUCUUGCCUGUUUCCUGGACAAACAUCAUGACAUCAUCAUCAUUGACCACAGAAACCCCCGGCAGCUGGACGCGGAGGCGCUGUGCAGGUCUAUUAGAUCAUCCAAGCUCUCUGAAAACACAAUUAUUAUUGGUGUAGUACGCAGGACGGAUAGAGAAGAGUCAUCUGUGAUGCCCCUCAUUGCUGCUGGCUUUACAAGGAGGUAUGUGGAAAACCCCAGCCUCAUGGCCUGUUACAAUGAACUGCUCCAGCUGGAGUUCGGAGAGGUGCGGUCCCAGCUAAAACUCAGGGCUUGUAACUCAAUAUUCACUGCAUUAGAGAAAAGUCAGGAAGCAAUUGAAAUUACAAGUGAAGACCGCAUUAUACAGUAUGCAAAUCCUGCAUUUGAAACAACCAUGGGCUAUCAGUCAGGUGAAUUAAUAGGAAAGGAGUUAGCAGAAGUGCCUAUAAAUGAAAAAAAGCCUGAUUUGCUUGAUACUAUAAAUUCAUGCAUCAGGAUAGGCAAGGAGUGGCAAGGAAUCUACCACACCAAAAAGAAAAAUGGAGAUAAUGUGCAACAAAAUGUGAAGAUAAUACCUGUCAUUGGACAGGGAGGAAAAAUUAGACACUAUGUGUCCAUUAUCAGAGUGUGCAAUGGCAGCAAUAAGGCUGAGAAAAUUGAAUGUGUUCAGUCUGACACGCAUACAGAUAAUCAGUCAGGCAAACAUAAAGACAGAAGGAAAAGCUCGCUAGAUGUCAGAACUCUUGCUUCUCGAUCAAGUGAAGUUGGCAGCCAGAGACGACACUCCUCCAUGGCCCGGAUACAUUCCAUGACGAUCGAGGCGCCCAUCACCAAGGUAAUCAACAUUAUCAAUGCUGCGCAGGAAAGCAGCCCCAUGCCUGUGACAGAAGCCUUAGACCGUGUGCUGGAAAUUCUAAGAACCACUGAAUUAUAUUCACCACAGUUUGGUGCUAAGGAUGACGAUCCUCAUGCCAACGACCUCGUUGGGGGCUUAAUGUCUGAUGGUUUGCGAAGACUAUCUGGGAAUGAGUAUGUUCUUUCAACAAAAACUCUUCAGCAGGUGCCCAGCAGUAUAAUCACCCCCAUCUCCCUUCACGACGUCCCCCCACGGGUAGCUCGGGCCAUGGAAAACGAGGAGUACUGGGACUUUAAUAUUUUUGAACUGGAGGCUGCCACACAUAAAAGGCCUUUGAUUUAUCUUGGUCUCAAAAUGUUUGCUCGCUUCGGAAUCUGUGAAUUCUUGAACUGCUCCGAGACGACGCUGAGAUCGUGGUUACAGAUUAUUGAAGCCAAUUACCACUCUUCUAACCCCUACCACAACUCAACACACUCUGCCGACGUGCUUCAUGCCACUGCCUACUUUCUCUGCAAAGAGAGGAUAAAGCAAACUUUAGAUCCGGUUGACGAGGUCGCUGCCCUCAUCGCAGCCACCAUCCACGACGUGGACCACCCCGGCAGGACCAACUCAUUCCUAUGCAAUGCUGGAAGCGAGCUGGCCAUUUUGUAUAACGACACUGCGGUGCUGGAGAGCCACCACGCGGCCUUGGCCUUCCAGCUGACCACCCGAGAUGACAAAUGCAAUAUCUUCAAGAACAUGGAGAGGAAUGACUAUCGGACGCUGCGCCAGGGUAUUAUCGACAUGGUCUUAGCCACAGAAAUGACAAAGCACUUCGAGCACGUCAACAAAUUUGUCAACAGCAUCAACAAGCCCCUGGCAGCUCUCGAAGAAAAUGGGGAAGUGAAUAGAGAUGAAGAAGCCAUAAACACUAUGCUCAGGACUCCAGAGAACCGGACUCUAAUUAAACGAAUGCUGAUUAAAUGCGCAGAUGUGUCCAAUCCCUGCCGACCCCUGGAGCAGUGCAUUGAGUGGGCUGCACGCAUCUCAGAAGAAUAUUUUUCUCAGACGGAUGAGGAGAAGCGGCAGGACCUGCCGGUGGUGAUGCCGGUCUUUGACAGGAACACCUGCANGGUCCCCGCGCGGCGGGUCACGUGCCCGCCCUUCCUUCCAGCCUUUGUAGACCUGCCAGAGCUACUGCAGCACCUUGACAACAACUUUAAAUACUGGAAAGGCCUGGACGAGAUGAAGCUGCGGAGCGCCCGACCACCCCCGGAAUAGCGCGGACUACCGCCCGGGCCCUGAAGCCUUGUCCCUGCGCUCAGCGGGAAUUCCUGAGGGCAGCCAGAGUCCUGGUCCUUUCAGUAUCAGGCAGAGCAGCGCCCAGGUGUGCAGAGCCUGUGAAAGCACACGGGGCCACCCUCCGAUGCCAUGGCCACGAAGUGCAACCCAGCCCCCCAUCUUGGGCCUGCGGCAGGGGCGCAGUCACAGGAGAACCCGUUUGCACUCACUCUCCUCAUAGCGAGCUCAGAGGGACCCUCCAAAGAACACUGAUGGGUUUCCUGCCGGGGACAGAGAAUGUCUUGUUGCAAACAAUUUCGCUCAGCUGUGUCCAGCACUUUCGAACAGCUCAUGGCAAUCGGAGCUUUAGGAACUUCGUCACAUCAUAGAAGGUGCAAUCACCCACUUUGGAACACUACUGAAAGUGACUUCUCUUUUGAAACUGAGUAGCAAAUGAAAAAUACAAAAGAAAUUUUGAAGUUGAUUAUUAAAUACAAAGAAAUUUUGAAGUUGAUUAAUACCAAUUAUUAAAAUGUUUUAUUUAUUUUAUUAGAAGUUCAAUAUUUUCUAUGAAUUUUGAAAUACUUCAAAGCCAAAGCCAACUUUAAAUGCCAUGACCAAAUUUACAUGAUUCAUAUUCAUUAAAUAUGUAUUACUUGGUGUACAGACUUAUUUUCAUAAUGCAAAUUAAAACUAUAAAAUGACACAUUUUUACUGCACUACAGAAAUAUUUGUGUAUAUUAGACUUCUGAUUGAUGCUAAUUGGGAAAAGCGGUCUUGUGGGAGGGUCUGAGUCUAAGCACUCAAGGAGAACAGCUCCUCUGUAUAGAAAGCAGAGCUCAAACUCUGGUCAUCUGAUGGGCUUUGCAGGUGACUUCCCAAAGUCAGUGAAAUUAAGACCUAACACUUUUUCCCCCCUAAAAUUUUAUAAUUGAAUUCCCAAAAAUCUGCCUUAUUUUAUAGUGUUUCUACAAGAUAUUCCCUAUGAGAGAACAAAAAUGGAAUAUUUAGUGAACUGACAUUUUAUAACCAAUCCGUUUUCAUCUGAGUUGGGAAUCUUUGAUUCCAGAAAUUUAUAAAGGUUCUGUAUCUUCACAUUUUGAAUAAGUGUAGUACCAUAAAAAAAUGACACAUGAUGACCUGUCAAAGUGCUUGUCAUUUCAUUUUAAAGUUGUAUUUUUUCCCCAGAUAAAAAUGAAAUUAAACUAUGUUUUUAAGAAA